AUGAGAGUGAUAGCAGAAUCACACCUUGGAAUAUGCGGAGCACAUCAAGCUGGGAUCAAAAUGAGGUGGCUUUUGAGAAAGUAUGGUUACUAUUGGAAGGGUAUACUAAAGGAUUGCAUAGAGUUUGCAAAGACUUGUACUGAAUGUCUGGAACAUGGCCCGGUCCAAAGAGUUCCAGCUAUUAACAUGCAGCCAGUAGUAAAAAUAUGGUUAUUCAGAGGAUGGGCUUUGGACUUUAUUGGAAAGUUAACACCGCCAUCUAUAGAUGGACAUACUCAUAUUGUGGUAGCAACGGACUAUUUUUACAAAGUGGGUAAAGGCUAUUCCAUUAAAGACCUUUCUACUCCAUAUUUUGCUCAAUCAAAUGGACAGGCUGAGGCUUCCAAUAAAGUAAUUCUCAAUAUCCUUAAAAAGAUGAUUGAGAAUCAUCCGAGGGAAUGGCAUCACUUACUUUUUGAGGCUCUUUGGGCUUAUAGAAAUUCAAAAAGAUCAAGUACUGGCAUCACACCAUAUAUGCUCACAUAUGGACAUGAUGCCGUUCUUCCAAUGAAAAUGACCAUAAGAUCUGCAAGAGAGGCUUUCCAAAACAAGCUUACUCCGGCCGACUACAACCAUGCCAUGUUGGUGGAAUUUCAAGACCUCAAUGAAGUCUGUCUUAAUGCCUUGGACCAUAUUAUUGGUCAAAAGAAUAAAGUCAUGCGGGCGUACAACAAGAAGGUUAAAGCAAAAACAUUUGUUGAAGGAGACCUGGUAUGGCAAGUCAGAUUUCCACCGGGAGUCAAAGAUAAGGAAUAUGGAAAGUGGACCCCAAAUUGGAAGGGUCCUUACUUGGUAGAACGAGUCCUUGGAAAAGGGGCUUAUAGAUUAAUGGAUAUAGAUGGAGAAUCCCACAAGCAUCCUAUGAAUGGUGUGUACUUGAAAGAGUAUCAUCCUUCCAUUUAUGAAAGUUGGACAUCCACAAUCAUUCAACCAGCCACAUAG